CUUAAAAUGGAUUCCCCAGCUCUGAUUGGGAAAUGGUGGGGAUGGUGGUGGGGAAGGAGAAGUGUUGGGUUAAAGAGAAGCUAGAAAAACAGACACAACAAACAACAAUCAAAGGGAAAAACAAACCCAUAAUUAAAGGGUUUGUUAUUUCUGAUCAUGGAUCAUAGCAUUCCCUCCAUAUAGAUUAUAUAGAAGAGGGGAAUUCAUAGCUCAGCCUUGUUCAUUUCAUGGCUAUUUCUUCAAUUUCUUGACCCAUUUAUUUUGACCAUUUCCAAUUUCCAUUAAUGGAGGUUGGAAGGAUGGAGGAAGCUAAGAGUCCUGAUGAUCAUAUGACAUCAGCUGCUGCCUUUGUGGAAGGAGGGAUUCAGGAUGCCUGUGAUGAUGCUUGCAGCAUAUGCCUUGAGGAGUUUUCUGAAAGUGACCCUUCGACGCUGACUAAUUGCAAGCAUGAAUUUCACCUCCAGUGCAUUCUUGAAUGGUGCCAGAGAAGCUCUCAAUGUCCCAUGUGCUGGCAGCACAUUAGCCUAAAGGAACCCACGAGCCAAGAAUUGCUUGAAGCAGUAGAAAGAGAAAGACGCUUUAGGGCUAUUCCAUCAAGAAAUGCAAUGAUAUUUCACCAUCCCACCCUUGGUGCUUUUGAAUUGCAACAUUUACCAGUUGGUGCUAAUGAUUCUGAUCUGGAAGAACGUAUAAUUCAGCACUUGGCAGCAGCUGCUGCUAUGGGAAGGUCUCGCCAUACUGGUAGGAGGGAGGGACACAGAACUCGAUCAUCUGCUCAUGGUCAUCCACACUUAUUGGCAUUUCCCACUCAUCCCAAUGCAGCACAUCCAGGUUCUGCUUCAUCCCUUUUGACUCAUUCAGGAGGGGAAACUGAACUGGCUGGAAUGGCUGCAGUCAGUCCAUCUGCCCCAUUAUCUUCUGGUGGUACUGAAUCAUUGCAGCAGGGCUUGCAGUUACCUUCAGGUCCAAUUAAUCAUAAUCAUUCCUCUGCUUCAGGAUCUUCUGCUAGUCAAUUGCCCAGACAGGGAUUUCCCUUAAAUAAUCGAAGCACUUCUAGUAAUUCCUUUCUGUCAAAUCAAGAGAGAGCGGGAUCAUCAGAUUUCCAGUCAUUUUCAGAAUCUCUAAAAUCUAGAUUCAAUGCAGUGUCAACAAGGUAUAAAGAAUCAAUCUCAAAGAGUACAAGAGGCUGGAGAGAGAGGCUGUUCUCCCGUACCUCAUCCAUGUCUGAUCUUGGCUCUGAAGUUAGAAGAGAAGUAAAUGCUGGAAUGGCUAGUGUAUCUCGCAUGAUGGAACAUCCUGAAACCAGAGGAAACAAUAGAGCUAGUGAUGGAGCUCCUGUUUUGGGUGAGAGUUCAGUUACAGAGGAAAACAACCAACAAAAUACUGAAACUCAUGGAGAAAGCGCUUUGAAUAGCUGCAAUAUCCAAGCAUCUUGUGCUGCAGGUUCAGUUUCAAGUUAAGUUGUAAAUAUUUUUCAGAAACUGCAUCUAUCCUCAGCAUUUCAUCUCUGUAGGUUGUUGAUCCCAUUUCUUCAGAAAUGACAUGCUGAGGAGAAGAUGCUUUACAUUUCAUGGCAUCGUCAUCUGAAUCCUAAUAAAGAGGUAAAAUCUGAGUAAGAGCCUCCAUCCGGACAAACAACUUUUCUAUGGUUUUAUGUAUUUGUACAUAAAUUCUAUCUACAACCUGUUCAAGUGCACACAUCAUAUGGAUUUAACUUUGUCUGGAUGGGUGAUUUGAACACCUUUUUAUUUAUUUAUCUUUAAACCCAAGUGACUGGAAUUGAAACAAUAAUAAAUGGAUGAGUUUUUU